GGGUUAAUAGGUAUCUCUUCACUGCACUUUGGCUAUAAGCGUAAACCAACGCGAUACAUGUGCUCGACGUGGCGCGGUGCAACUAAACUGCUACAGACUUGAACGAUAGAGACUGACCGUGAUUGUCUGGUUAUAUGAACGUCACCCCGUUUAUAUGUGGACUACUUUGAUUACGAGAAAUGGGAGGAGCGUGUGAGAAACUGAGCAGCUUCCACAUGACUGUAGAGCAGUGGAAACACAGGGAGAGCCGCAGUCGAGGCGUGGGUGAGUGAACAUCAUGGGACAUGCUCUCUGCGAAUGAACUACAGCAGUCUGGAGCUUCAUCCCUUCAUCCCGGAGCGCGCAGACGUCUGCUGCUGAACCUCACUGGACAAUACAACAGUACCGAAGCUGAGAUUACAGAGUCCUGUUUUAAAGUUUAGAAAAAUGAGAGUGAAUUUUUCAGCUAGUUGGAUAUUUCAAGGAUGGAUCACACACUUCGUUCUUGCUCUGUGCACGCAGGCAGGACUCUCCAUAAGCUGCCAACAAAAUGAAUAUAAGCACAACGGGGGAUGCUGCAGAAAAUGUGAACCAGGAAAAUACCUUUUCGCUCAUUGUGAUGGCAGUUCGAGCACAAAGUGCCUUGAUUGUGGCCGUGAAGAAUACCAGCCGGACUGGAACAGUGACACUAAAUGUAUUCCUCAGAAGUUCUGCGAUGAAGGUAAAGGAUUUAACCGCACUCGUCAACGUAACCCUAUAGCGGCUGAACCGUGUCGGUGCAAGCAGGGAUUCCACUGCUCUCUGAUCAACUGCGAAUACUGUGAGGCCAUUAAAAAAUGCCCUGCAGGAGAAGGAGUCGUAAUGGGCGAGAUGGGCAGAGCUUCCUGUGCGAAUUGUCAGUAUGGCUAUUUCUCAGAUUCCCUAUCAACAGAAGCCUGCAAGAAAUGGACAGAUUGUAAAGCUAUCGGCAAGACCGAGAAACAGCCAGGAACCUCUAAAUCAGAUGUGAUGUGUGGAGUCCAUUCUCCUGUUCUGACACCCUGGGUGGUGGUGGCCAUCCUCUCGGUCAUCAUCGUGGUAUCGCUGGUUGUUCUCUUCUUGUUUUGCUGCAAGGAUAAGCUGAACUUCCUCUCAGUAAAUCUACGCACCUGCGUCCAAAACCUGAAAGGAAGUAGGAAUCAACAAGAAACUAUGACUUCAUACCACGGUGGUAGCAGUCCACAAACCCUCCCUCUGAUUUGCCAAGAACGAACCCCCCCAGAGUCCCUGAUCACGUGUCCCAGCACCCAAUUAACCAUUCUUGAUGAAACAUCGACUUGCACGGACCAAGAACGAGACCAGGACCGAGCAGAAACCUCGUCGGGCAGCUCCAGCGAGGACUCCGGAGCUGGGUCUGCGUCUCCUCUGUCGGGCAGCUCCUGCAGCUGUGCACUUUCCAUGAAGGAGCCCAUAGAGGUCGGAGAGAAUGAGGACUGCAGUCAGCUGGUGGCCACGGGUUUGGCAACAUGCUGCUCCUGCAGGCCAGGAGACGCCAUCGGAGAAAACGUGCAGGUCGUCGGCCUGAAAGAGCCUCUGCUGUGUGAGAGCUGCUCGUCGGACGUCCUGCUGGAUCUGCAGCGCUCCCAGGAGCUGUAUCUGGACUACAGCAGCCCUGCUGGCAAAGAAGCCAUGUCAGAGAUGAGAGGCGUCCAAGGGGACCGAGGUCCGGUCGAAGGGCUCUAUAGACAGAACGAACCUUGUUGUUGCAGCAUAGACUCCACCACCGUUCCUCCUCUGCCAUCGGUCAGCGCUAAUGACCAGGGCCUUUCGCUGAUCCACAGCGAUGACCACAAACUAUCCGACCCAGACGCGGACUUCCAGAACCAGUGCUCAGAAUCGGCUCUCACAUCUGGUCAGGUGACAGGAAACAACAACACUACUUUUAUCUCCAGCGGGCAGGUGAUGAACUUCAGCGGUGAGGUCAUCGUGGUGUACGUCAGUCAAACGUCUCUGGGAAGCAGCGGAGGAACAGACGAACCCUUCAGCUGCCCGGUUCAGGAAGAAUCCAACGAUGACAGUUUUCAAAGUGAGCCCAAAUCUAACAUAACCACAACACCGCAGGCCAAGAGCAGGAACGGACACCUGGAAAAACACCUGCCCGUGCAGGAAAUGACCAAUGACUGGUCCUGGCAGAAAUAAAAAGCUGCAAACACAUCCUACUAGACUGGAAUUGACUUUGCCUCCUUUUUAAAUGAUAACUAUUGAUUAAUAAUGGGCGUACGGCAGCCUGUAUAGCAACUAAGAGUGCUAUUUCAUGAAAAAUGCUAUGCAUUUGUUGACCUAUGUAUUUAUAUCGUAUAAAUUAGGUACUUCUUGUCGGUCAGCUUUGAGAGGAUCUCACUCUGAUAGAUCGGAUGACAGUAAAAGUCAAGAACAUUGACCCCAGAAUGUCUCAUUUUCAGACAAUCUCUGUUGAGGAGCCAAAUAAAGAGCGGCUUGGUACGACAAGAAGCCAAACUCAGGCCAAAGACGAUGAAAACACAGCCAGAUAAAGCGAAAACACUUCCACCACAAUAAAAAGCACCAUGUUUUUUGUUGUCCCUUUCUCUUGGCCUUCUAAAACCGAGCAAGCACAUUGUACCUCAUGUCGAGAACCGUUUUUGGAUGAUGGUUAAAAGUUAGUAACAUGGAAAUGAGAAGUGGGGAUGUUGAUUUGUGCUGUUUAUAUUUUUUAAAAAACAUAAUUUGUAAAUGUUAAUCUUUUUUUUUUUUGGUUAUUUAUCGUGCAGAUUUUGUGCCGCUAACGCGACAAGUCAGUCUGACUGGAGCAGAACGUAAUCACGAACAUUAUUAUAUAUAUAUAUAUAUAUAUAUAUAUAUAUAUAGUGAUUGAAAAUCGAUGUUCUGAUACAUUAGUAGUGAUUUUCUCCACCCUUUACUGUAAAUAAAGCUUGUUUGUAUGAAACAAUUUCUUUCCCUUAAAUGAGAGUGAUGGUAUGAGAAAGGUAUUUGUUUUAGUGAUAAGCAGUGUUUAUUGCUUGUGCAUCACUAACCACAUGUGCGUUAAAACCUCUGUAUUCGAGCAAAACCAAUGUUGACAUAAAGCCUUUAUAAAUAGCGGUGAAUGGCUAGCAGCUGUCGCGAGCUCAAUGCAAACAUAUACUCAGGAGCCGCAUGAGGUGAGAAUUCCACCGAAGGCUGCUGGAUGUUUAGCUGUGAUUGGAAUAAUCAUGAGUCUGGGAUGGCAACAGAAACAAACACUGAGAAGUGUUGUUGAGUUCUGUCUGCCAAAACAGGAAGUUAUGACUGCUUUUAAUGUGGUUCUUCUGCUCAAAGAGCCUUCAGGCACAUUUGGUGACUCGUGACUAGCAACGACUGUUGGAUUGUCGCGCCAUCUAGUGGAACGCUACUGUAAGAAGAGUAGGGGUUAUUAAACUUUUACCAAAAUGAUGAUUAGAUGAAAUAUAAAGUCAUAUCUAUUAACAGAAAAAUAGUAAGCAUGACAUUUUAAAGACAAAAUGUUGUUUUCAAAAUUAAUUUAUAUGCCAUUGCAAUGUUAUAAAUUUUUUAUAUAUUUGAAAAACAAAAUUCCACCCAAUAUUAGAG